UCAAAUCUUCAACACUCUUUAGAAACAAAAAUCUAUACCCAAAAUAAAAUCUCUUUUUUUUUUUUUUACCUUAAAAAUUUUCGGGACAUCACAGGGUGUUUCAGAUCAAUUUUAAAAAUGUCAAAGGUUAUGAUCAACUCUCAAUGCCAAUCCCUCCUAAAGGUUGGAGGUUGAAACUUUGGGAUUCUCUCUCUCAACUGUCAAGUCUAAAUCCUCCCCGUUGAGCUCAAUUAACAUGGAGCUUCUGCAACAUCCCCUGGGAUUUUCAUGAUUCCCUCAACCCAUCACUGAAUCCUACGUUUUAAGCCAUUACGAGUCAGUCUCACCUCUCUCUUUGCCUCAAUCCCCAAUUUCAGACGCUUGAUUUUGACAAAAACCAGAGAACAUGGCAAAUGUUUUGUGCUUGAUUCGGCAAAUGGCUGCAAAUACCCCUCCUCGCCGAAUUCUUUGUAGUUCCCCUUCCCAUUUUAUGUUUUUCUCGAUCGCUAACCCAUCUGAUCAUAACGACGACACUGUUCGCGAAUUUUCCACGAUUUUGAAGCGUGAAGAUUGGCGGAUCCUUUUAAACAACGAGGAAAGUUUGAGGAAGCUAAACCCAGAAAUCGUCUGCUCUGUUCUACGGAAGAACGAAAUCGACGAUUCUGUGCGGCUUCAAAAUUUCUUCUAUUGGUCGACUUCCAAAAUGGGUACUCCACAAAACUUGCAUUCUUAUUCAAUUCUUGCGAUUCGUCUUUGUAAUUCUGGGCUUUUCCUUCGUGCUGAUAACAUGUUUGAGAAAUUGCUCGAGACCCGUAAGCCACCGUUGGAGAUUUUGGAUUCCUUGGUUAGGUGCUAUAGAGAAUGUGGUGGGUCUAACUUGACUGUUUUUGAUAUUUUGAUUGAUAACUUUAGGAAGUUGGGUUUCUUGAAUGAGGCUUCUAGUGUUUUUAUAGCUUCAAUUAGUGGAGGGUUCUUUCCCAGCUUGAUAUGCUGUAAUAGUUUGAUGAGGGAUUUGUUGAAGGGUAACAUGACGGGGUUGUUUUGGAAGGUGUAUGAAAGUAUGGUGGAGGCUAAGAUAGUCCCUGAUGUUUAUACAUACACUAAUGUGAUCAAUGCACAUUGUAAAGUUGGUGAUGUUAUCAAGGGAAAGAUGGUUCUUUCUGAGAUGGAGGAGAAGGAAUGUAAACCUAAUUUGGUCACCUACAAUGUUAUUAUUGGGGGUUUAUGUAGGACCGGAGCUGUUGAUGAAGCUUUAGAGGUAAAGAAGUUGAUGACGGAGAAGGGGUUGGUUCCGGAUGGCUAUACUUAUUCUUUACUCAUUGAUGGGUUUUUCAAACAGAAGAGAUCAGAAGAAGCAAAAUUGAUAUUCAAAAGUAUGCUUAGUUCGGGUUUAAACCCUAAUCAUUUUACCUGCACUGCUUUGAUUGAUGGGUUCAUGAAACAAGGGAAUAUUGAAGAGGCAUUGAGGAUCAAAGAUGAGAUGAUUACUCAUGGACUUAAGUUGAACAUUGUAACUUAUAAUGCAGUGAUCAGGGGCAUUGCUAGGGCUGGUGAGAUGGGGAAAGCAAUGGCUCUUUUUAAUGAGAUGUUUCUGACUGGCAUAGAACCAGAUGCCGAGACCUACAACUCAUUGAUUGAUGGAUAUUUGAAGUCUCACGAUGUGGCUAAAGCGUAUGAGCUACUAGCUGAGAUGAAAGUAAGGAAUUUGAAGCCAACGUCGUUCACUUAUGGUGUGCUUAUUAGUGGCCUUUGUCGUUCCAAUGAUCCACAAAAGGCCAAUGAAGUUUUGGAGCAGAUGAUCAGGAACAGGGUGAAACCAAAUGCUGUUAUAUAUAAUGCCUUGAUUAAGGCUUAUGUCCAAGAAAGUAGAUAUGAAGCUGCAAUAGAAUUACUAAAAAGGAUGAUUGAAAAUGGGGUCCUGCCUGAUUUGUUUUGCUACAAUUGUCUUAUAAUUGGUCUUUGUAGAGCCAAAAAGGUGGAAGAAGCAAAAAUGUUGCUUGUUGAUAUGGGUGAGAAAGGAAUAAAACCUAAUGCAUAUACUUAUGGGGCUUUUAUUAGUUCUUAUAGUAAAUCAGGUGAAAUCCAAGUUGCAGAAAGGUAUUUCAAAGACAUGUUAUCUUCUGGUAUAGUGCCUAACAACAUAAUCUAUACUGCUUUGAUUAAUGGGCAUUGCAAUGUUGGAAAUACCGUAGAAGCUUUGUCAACUUUCAAAUGCAUGCUUGAGAAAGGGUUGAUUCCCGACGUCCGAGCAUAUAGUGCACUCAUUCAUGCUCUCUCCAAGAAUGGGAAAACCAAAGAAGCCAUGGGGGUUUUCUCUGAAUUCCUUAACAAGGGUUUGGUGCCUGACGUUUUUAUAUACAACUCUCUUAUAUUUGGCUUCUGCAAGAAAGGUGAGAUUGAGAUGGCAUCCCAACUUUAUGAAGAGAUGCUUCUUAAUAGAAUUAAUCCCAACAUUGUAAUAUACAACACCUUAAUUAAUGGACUGUGCAAGCUUGGUGAGGUAAAGAAAGCUAGGGAACUUUUUGACAAAAUUGAAGGAAAAGAUUUGGUUCCCAAUGUUGUGACUUAUUCAACAAUUGUAGAUGGAUAUUGCAAAUCUGGAAGCUUAACCGAGGCGUUUAAACUGUUCGAUGAGAUGGUAUCGAAAGGAGUUUCUCCCGAUGGUCACAUCUACUGUAUUCUCAUUGACGGUUGUGGCAAGGAGGGAAAUUUGGAGAAGGCACUUUCUUUAUUUCACGAAGCCCUGCAGAAAAGUGUUGCUUCCCCUUCUGCUUUCAACUCUUUGAUUGAUGGUUUCUGCAAACAUGGAAAAGUGAUUGAAGCUAGAGAGUUGUUUGAUGAUAUGGUAGAUAAAAAAGUGAUACCGAAUAGUGUUAUGUACACAAUUCUGAUCGAUGCAUACGGCAAAGCAGAAAUGAUAGAGGAAGCGGAGCAGCUUUUUCUAGAUAUGCAAACGAGAAAUAUCAUACCGAAUACUCUUACAUGUACUUCACUUUUACUGAGUUAUAACCGGAUAGGAAACAGAUUUAAGAUGAUUUCUUUGUUCAAGGAUAUGGAAGCUAGGGGAAUUGCUUGUGAUGCAAUUGCAUAUGGUGUUAUGGCUAGUACCUACUGCAAGGAAGGAAAUUCUCUUGAAGCCUUGAAGCUGCUCGACAAAAGCUUGGUCGAGGGUAUAAAGUUGGACAAUGAUGUGCUCGAUGCAUUAAUAUUUCACCUCUGCAAGGAAGAAAAAAUAUCUACAAUACUAGAGUUACUCGAUGAAAUGGGAAAAGAAGAACUUUCUCUUAGCUGUACUACAUGUAACGCUCUUUUACUUGGUUUUUACAAUGCAGGUAAUGAAGACGAUGCUUCAAAGGUUCUUGGCAUUAUGCAAAGGUUGGGAUGGGUUCCAGCCUCUUUAAGCUUAACUGAUUUGAUAAGUGCUGGUAGAAACGAUACGAUAUCUGAUAAUUUCCCAAGUAUUGCAAUGCAAGUAGGGUCCGUGUAGUCCAAUUACUGGAAACUAUUCUGUCUGUUUUGAAGUGUUCUGAUUUAUGCCUCAUUUGAGCAAUAAAGCUGAUGGCCUGAGCAGGAUGCUAGUGAAGUUAUACUCUCGUUUGGCUACCAGCUGAGACUGGGAAGCGCCAAGCGCCAUUUUUGUUGUUUGCAAUGAUAUGGAAUCUGUUGCCGAAGUUUGGUCACCGAACUGGAAUCUCUAACACCAUAAUGGAAGAGAGAGAAUUGGCAAGCAAUCCUUGAAUUCUAUGACCCUAGUUUUAUCUUCAGGCCUUCUGCAACAGCAUGCAACAAGCCUACGAUGAAUGCUGCUACUUUAGUCCUGGGUGGUUUAUCAAAGAUGGCGGUAUAUGCAGCGUUAUUCGGUUAUUACUACAGAUUUGUGCAUCAAUUCAUGGAAAAUGCCAAUGGUUUGAGCCUUCUUAAGCUUGGAUUUGCAAUGUGGGUUGUUUUCUUCACUACAGACAUGAGAAAAUUGAACAUUCUAUAUCCUCAAGCAGCGGUUAAAGAUUUGAGGAUUCAAUAUAUAUAUAUAUAUAUAUAUAUAUAUAUAUACACACACAUAUAUAUGUAUGUAUGUAUAUAUGUAUAAUUUUAAGCUUGUAUGAUAUGGAUCCAAAUUUUUGUUUGUAUAUAAAAGUGAUUAUUCAUGAAUUCCUGAACUUCACUAACACCUCGUCAAUGUGCUCGAUUUGAUGGUGUAAAAU